UACAAUGAGUCGUGACAAAAAGAGGAAGAACAGAGAUUCAGUUUGAUUUGGUUUGAAACGGUGGUUUCCGAUUCACUAACCAAAUCAGCACAUUCUAGGACCUCUUUUUUUUUUUCCUCCCAUAACAUUGUGAGCAGGACCUUGAACCGAGCCAGCUGCCAAAUCCUUGAGAACAGGAAGUGUGUGGGAGAGAACACACUGUGGGAGUUUUGCAAUUAGUUACCCAAUGCUAGUACGAUAAGUACUUUUUCUUGCUUUAUUACUGGCCACCCCCCCCCCCCAAAAAAAAAAAACAACUUUCUGCUGUUUCGAAUUAACUAUAUAUAUUUUUAAAUAUAUAUAGCUAUAUAGGUCGAUAGAUAUGGCACUGUCUCGCCGUUUUGGUGGGCGGUUGCACUAACAAGCGCCUGCCUGUAGAGGGCGCCAUUGACUUAAAAAAAACGGCGGUGGCAUUCGCACGUCACCGCGCAUGCGCGGGGGGGUCAGCCUCCAACAACAAGGAGCGAAAGCCAGCCAACAUGGCCGACCUGGGGAAGAAGUACUGCGUGAACUGCCUGGCGGACGUGACCCAUCUCCGGCUUCGCUGCACCGACUGUCCCGAUAUCGAGCUGUGUCCCGAGUGCUUCUCGGCGGGCGCAGAAAUCGGCAACCACCGCAGAUGGCACGGCUACCAGCAGGUCGACGGCGGGCGCUUCUCCCUCUGGGGUCCCGAAGCCGAGGGAGGAUGGACGAGCAGGGAAGAGCAGUCGCUCCUCGAUGCCAUCGAGCAGUACGGCUUUGGAAACUGGGAGGACAUGGCCGCUCACGUCGGGGCCGGCCGCACUCCACAGGAAGUCAUGGACCACUACGUGACCAUGUACAUCCAUGGCAACCUGGGAAAGGCCUGCAUCCCCGACAGCAUUCCCAACCGGGUGACGGACCACACGUGCCCCGGCGGGGGGGCGCUCUCGCCCAGCCUCACAGUCCCGCUCCCGCCUCUGGACAUCGGCCUGGCCGAGCAGCAGCAGCUGGGCUACAUGCCGCUGCGCGACGACUACGAGAUCGAAUACGACCAGGACGCCGAGAAACUCAUCAGCGGGCUCUCGGUGAACUACGACGACGAGGACGUGGAGAUCGAGAUGAAGCGCGCCCACGUGGACAUGUACGUGCGCAAACUACGCGAGCGGCAGCGGCGGAAGAACAUCGCACGGGACUACAGCCUGGUGCCCGUCUUCCUGGGCCGGGAUAAGAAAGAAAUGCGGGACAAGGACAAGUUGCCCGGAGUCGCGAGCGCCGCAAUGGGCGCGCUCGGAGCGGGAGCCGGCGCGACCGGGCCGGGUUCCGCGACGGCGGCGGGAACGUGCCCGCCGGUGCCCGCCACGCCGAAAAGAAAGAUCAGCAAGGAGGAGAAGGAGCAGCGGGUGCGUCUGCGGGGGCUCUGCCAGUUCAUGGCCCACCGAGAAGUCGAGGAGCUCUUUGAGAACAUGCACAAAGAGCGGGCGCUCAGGGCCAAAGUAAGGGAACUGCAACGAUGCCGCCGCAACGGCAUCGCCCGCCUGGACGAGGCGGCCGAAUACGAGGCGGCGCGCCACAAACGGGAGAAACGCAAGGAGAACAAGAGCGUGGUCGUCUCCAAGCGAGGCGGGCUCGGGGCCGGCGGGCUCGGCUCCGGCGGCGCCGCCGGAGGCGGCGCGACCGGCGGGCUCGGGGUGGGCUGCGCCAUUAAGGAGGAAGGCAAAGAGGGCGAGUUCGCCGCCAUCGAGAACCUGACCGGCUUUGAGCUGCUGUCGGACCGCGAGAAGGUGCUGUGCAACUCCCUCAACCUGAGCCCCGCCCGCUACCUGACGGUCAAAACCAUCAUCAUCAAAGACCACCUGCAGAAGAGGCAGGGCGUCCCUUCCAAGAGCCGGCUGCCCAGCUACCUGGACAAAGUCCUCAGGAAACGCAUCGUCACCUUCCUCACCGAGAGCGGCUGGAUAUCCAGAGACGCCGUCUAGAAGGCGGCGAGGGGGGAAAAAAAACAAAACCAAAAACUAUUGACUUGCAACAUCGACGUCGGGAACGUGUUACAGUGGCAGCCUUCGCUCGGGAAAGAAAUACAGCGAACCCCCGUUUAUUGCGGUCAAAAUCGAAAGCACAUUUAUUUAUAUCGUCUUAGCGCCUCCCACGCGCUUUCAAUAAACUUUCGAUGAAAAUUGGAAAGUUCCGGAAUUAAACAUUGCAUAAUCAAAACACCAAAGUGUUCAAUCAAACCGUAUACUGUAACAACGGUUACAGUCUGUUAGCUUAAUGCUAACACAUCAUGUUAGACAGGCUCAUGAAAUUUAUGAUAAUUAUCAACUUUUUGCUCUUUUAACUCGCGGGCGCUAUGCUUCUUCUUCUUGCUCCGAAUUGCGCCGCAUCUCUUCCAGUCGAGCUCACUGCUGCCCGCUAGGUUGUGGCACAACGUGGUACUACACUGAAGGCACACAAUUCUAAAAUAGUGCGAUACAAAUCCAUAAAAAUGAUCAAUUAACAAUCUGUGAUAGAGUUGGGGUUCACUGUAUUUUCAUAUCAGGACUAAGGACAAAAGAGCCAUAUGUUUUCUUUGCAAAGGCAAAGGGUGAAUUGUCAGUAUUUGGGGUCUCAUUCAGGUUGGAAAAUUUCUGGUGAAUUUCCAUUGGAAGUUUAACUGUGAAAUUUUGCACCUUUAUCUGUCAUUAGUGUAUGAAUCAAUUUUCACGAGUCCUGAGGCCCAUAAAGUGAAACAAUUCUCAGCUUUUUGCCCGACGGCUUGACUAAAUUGCGUUUUCAUCAUGUCCAGCAAAGUAGUGUGAUCCUUUGUAAAUAAUGUAUAAAUGAGAAGAAAAAAAAUUAAUUACUGGUGACCUGUACAGUAUUUUCCAUUGUGGAAUUAUUAUUAUUAUUUUUUUUACAUAGCUUUUGUAAUGAAAAAUGAAUUUUGUAUUGCACACAAGAAGCUGCGGGCUUUGCUGCCGUAUGCAUGGACAAUUGAACAUGUAUUAAACAUGGAAACUUCUACAUUUAUGGGGGGGGGGGGGGGGGGGGGGCGGCUGUCAUACUUGUUUUCAUGUUGAUUAUGGUUGUAAUUGUGAAACCUCUUCUUUUUAGGAAAGUGCAACCACAAUCAUGUCUUCUUUUCAGGAACAGUGUUACCUUGAGAUACGAUUUCAAUUAGUUCUGUGACCACUCGUGUCCUAAAUCUUCUUUCCCCUUUGAAAUGAAUGGAAAUGGCAUUCUGAUUUCAUGCUGCAAUCCAAAUCAUUGUGCUGCUCCUUCUGUUGUCCCCGCCUUGGCCACCGGGGGAAGUAUAAUAGUCAUACAAACGACGACAAGUCACCCUCAGUGAACCAGUAAGCUGCAAUAUUAGUUUUUUGCAGAAGAUAAAGAAUAUAUGCCUGUCAUAGACAAUAUCACAAUUGUGUCCAAAUAUCUGUUGUCUAAUUGUUAGCAAUUUCCUGUUUGCUUUAAGCUAGUGGGGGCGUUCCGAAGGUAAAGUUGUUGAGAUGUUUGACGUACACAAAACAGCU